ACACACCCAGCACAAAUCUGUGUGACUCUGUCGUGCUGAGACAGCUUUUUCAAAGGAAAGGAAAUGAAAGUCAUUUAAGGGACAGAUCAAAGUGCAAGAAAGAACUUUGCAGAAACAGCAUUGCAGGAUGAAGUCAGAGUUGGACUCAGGAUGGAUCCUAGUGCUUCUGCUGUGUGUCCUCCAGGUCUCUGUCUUAAGAUCAGAGACAUUCCGAGUUCUGGGCCCGGCGGGUCCUGUUGUUGCUACUGUUGGUGAAGACACUGUCCUGCCCUGUUACCUCUCGCCCAGCAUCAGUGUGCUGGAACUGGAGAUCAGGUGGUUUAGAGAGGACUUCACGAAACCCGUGUUUCUGUACCUGAACCACGUGCCUAAAUUAGAUUCCCAGCUCCCGUCCUACAAGGGAAGGACUGAUCUCUUCCAAGUGGAAUUCACAAGAGGCAACGCCUCUCUAAGACUGAAGGACGUACGAGGAACCGAUGAUGGCCAGUACACGUGCAUGGUUAGAUCAACAAUCUGGUACGAGGAAGCUGUGAUUGACGUGGCUGUGAGGGCUCUGGGGACCCAGCCCUCAGUGUCUCUCCACUCCACUGGAGGGGGUCAGACCCAGCUGGUGUGCAGGUCAGAGGGGUGGUUCCCCGCACCUGCGGUGACCUGGACAGACAGGGAUGGACAGGAUGUGACCUCACUGUCCAGCACCACAGUGGAGAGGGACAGUCGGGGGCUCCUCAGUGUCAGCAGCUACCUCCCGGUCAAACAGGAGUCCAACAUCUUCUCCUGCCUGGUGAGAAGUGCAGUGCCUUAUCCAGACAGGGGGUCUCUCCUCCACAUAAGCGGGAACGUCUUCCCAGACUCUUUGAUAUGGCUGGUGGCUCUAAUCUCGACUGCAGUUCUCUGGGUCAUGCCAGCUGCUUUCUUGAUUCACAAGUGGAGGAGACUGCACGACUUUCCCAUGCUGCACAGAGAACUUGAUAUGGUGAGGUGUUGCCGUAAUGCAGAAUGGGCGUGGCUGAGCAGCACUGCAGCGGACGUGACGCUGGAUCCCGAUACCGUCCAACACGAGCUGUUGCUAUCGGGGAACGGGAAGAGGGUGCGAGGGCGGAGAUGGAGAGACCUUCCCGACAGCCAGUGGAGAUUUCAAAAGUGGUCCUGCGUUGUGAGCAAGGAGGGCUUCAGCGCGGGCCAGCACUACUGGGAGGUGAAGGUGAACAAGCACUGGACGAUAGGCAUCGCCGCGGAGUCUGCGCCGAGGAAAGGAGCGUUUGCCUUCACUCCUGGGCAGGGCUACUGGACGCUAGCGUACAACCGUCACAAUCUCUCGGCUCUCACCGCCCCCUUGACCCCCCUCUCUCGCACCCUGCUGCCCAGGACGCUGGGGGUGUUUCUGGACAUCGAGGAGAGGCGGGUCUCCUUUUACAAAGUGGAGAGCAGAGAGCACAUCUACACCUUCAGCGACAUGGCCUUCAACGAAGGGGAGAGGCUCUUUCCAUUAUUUCGCACGAUUGACACUAAUAACGACCUGGUGAUCAAGCCUCCCAGGAAUCACCAAGCUCCUCCUGUCCCUGAAAGUUGAAUUCUGUCUAUAAAACCCAUCAGAACUUUGUACUUACAACAUAUUAUUUUUUAAAUUAAUUUUUUUAUUAGAUUAUUUUUAUUAUGCAUAGGGGAAAAGCAUGAUUUUAUGCAACAUUUAGUACCGAUGAAUUUAUUCAGAGUAUUGCACUGCCUAAAAUCAUGAUAUUUCAAGAAAGUCUGCACCAGCCCACUGUCCCAGUGUUGGUACUGGGAUGGGGGGGGGGCACUUAUUUUCAUCUGGGUUAGCAAUGUGUACACUUCUCAUCGUGAUGAUCUUUGGGAUUGGGUAUUGCUCAUCUGUAUUUAGCAAACCGUUCUUGGGCUAAGAGGCAACCAAACACAAGGAAGACAGCUGAUCAAAAGGAGUGAUUUACUCUAGUUACUUACAUUCACUGUCGAUCAUGACCAUGUUAAUUAAUAAAUAUUUAACAGCGGGUGAGCCUUUCCUAGUGCGGUCAUGAUCGUCUCCACAGAAUAAAGAGAGGAACGUGAAACUGAGGCAGGGGAGCACGCCUUUUUUUCCCCAAAUCGGGCUGGGAAUGAAAUUCUAUCCAGGAGAAGUUGGACAGUGAAAGAAACCCUUUCUCAAAGAUUAGGCAGUGUAUGUCAGCAGCAGCUCUCUUGAACAACAGACACACAUGGAAACACUACAUUGAGCCAUGGAUGGAUAUGUGUAUAUUAUAGUAAUAUUCAUUCACCUGUAUGCAAGAUAAGCAAUCCUACUUCCUACUAUGAAACAGAGUUAAGAUACAGUCAUAUCACCUAGGAGGGUCUUUUCUUUAUUAGUGUCUAUUUUGCCCUGGUUGUUAAUGUAUACAUAUGUAAUGUAAUUCAUGCUUUAGUCUUUGACAGAAACAUUCCCAGCCAGUGAGGCAUAGGUUAAACUGUCAGAGGUACAGGCUGAUGGGAUGUUCAGGUUUUCUGUGUUGCAUGUAAAUAAAAGGCUAUGCUGUGUGUGUGUGGCCAAAUGUC